UGCCAAAAUUGACAAUCAAUCAGUGGUCAAACAGUGGGGUUGGUUGGGGAAGUUAUUUCUCUUAUUUCCGAGGUAUAUUGAAUUCUAAAAUUGUUUCAGUAAUUAAGUAAAGAGAUUGUUACUCUUAUUGUACUGUUACCAGUGAAAGUUAUUUUUGGAUCUCAAUGAAAACUGCGAUUUUCCUUAAACGUCAUAUGCUGUUGUGAUUACGCUAAGUGUAUUGUGGAAUAGAUGUUUUUUGUGACGUAAUAAUUUAAGAAGGGUGAAAACUAUUGAGCCUGUAAUGGCAGAGACAAGUGAAGCGAAGCCAAGUGCAUCAGCUCCUGGUGGUGAUGCAGGCGGAGAGGAAGACAAGCGCGAUGAACGAAUGUUGGAAUGCAACAUCUGCUUGGAUACAGCUCGAGAUGCCGUUGUUAGCAUGUGUGGACAUUUAUUCUGCUGGCCAUGCUUGCACCAAUGGCUGGAGACGAGACCAAGCAGGCAGGUAUGUCCUGUCUGCAAGGCAGCUAUCAGCCGAGACAAGGUGAUCCCGCUCUAUGGAAGAGGGAAUACAAAGCAGGAGGACCCUAGGAAUAAGGUGCCCCCGCGGCCCGCAGGCCAGCGCACGGAGCCCGAGAACAACAGCGGCUUCCCGGGCUUCAGCUUCGGCGAGGGCUUCCACAUGUCCUUCGGGAUCGGCGCCUUUCCCUUUGGAGUGUUCACUUCCACUUUCAAUUUUGGAGACCCUAGACCGAGCGCUGCGCCGCGCGGCACGGCCCAAUACGAGGAGGAGCAGUUCCUGUCGAAGAUUUUCCUGUGGGUCGCCAUUUUGUUUGUGCUCUGGCUUAUAUUCGCAUGACCAGAGGCGAUGUGGGCGAACGGAGGGCGGGGCGCCAGCGGGGCGGGGCGGUGCACCCCUCGCUGCGGCGCUACACUUGCGGGACGGGCCGCGUGUUGACGCACUGUGACGCUCUGUGACGCUGUGUGACGCGGACGGACCGCGUGUUAACCUAGAUGGGGCGAGCGUAGCGUUGUAUGGCACAGCAAUAUGUAAAUUAUAACGGAGGUUUUUUGAUUAAUAUGUCUAGUAUACAUAAUAUAGCGUUUCGAAUCUUAUAAUUUUAUGUACACGUGAUUAUUGUAGUAUCAAAGCUUUGGAAAAUACACAUUAUAAUUAACCAAAAACAAAUAUAGUAAAAUGGAGUUUAAUUGAAUAACUGAUUGAUAGGUUUUUACCUUAACCCUGGAACGAUUGCUGAAAAAUUGUUUUCCCUAUCUAGUUUAACGCGUGAUCUGUGGCUACGUGCCGUGUGAACGGAACGCAGUGCACAUUGGGCUUAUUGUAAAGAUAUCGUUUGCUUCGAGUUUAGAAUAGAUAUUUUUUAGUGAUUACUCACAAUAUGUGACGAUCGGAUGAUCGUCGAUUGUCAGUUAGCAACAUUUUUGAAGUGAUCAUUAUUUUCACACGACUCUCGCAUUUCUUUAGAACAAUCACACGGACGUUUUCUUUACAUAUUUAAUAUUAUUAUUGGUCAGUAUGAAAUAGUAUUUAUUUAUUUAGUUUUCAUUAUUUAGACCCCGUUUGCUUCGUACUUAUGACGCGAACGCUCUAUACCCUAGAGUCGGUUGAAGUUACUAAAACUAGUAAUUACAAAGUAAAAAGCAAUAAAAAUUAACUUUAUCUUAAAUUUAAGCCCGCGUCUCAAGUCCAGGCUUCGCUGUCUAAGUCACUGUUGCUUAAGGUCACUGACCAUCUAGCGGAACUCCCGUUCAUGUGUGCAAGGCCUUAGGUGUCGAAAUAACUAAGCUAAAUACUAAGCUAACUAUGUGAUAGAAAACGUCGCUUUCACGUAUAUUAUAUUAUUGAUAACGUUAUAGAAAUUAGUCGGUCAGAAAAGGCACUAAGAGUUCAUUAAUUAAUU